AUGGAGAAAUGUAAGCGGUACGAAGAAAUCUCCGCCUUCAUCGGCGGGAUUCAGCGACGGGAUUCAGCGACGGGAUUCAGCGACGGCGACGAGGACGAAGACGAGGACGGGGACGAGGACGGGGACGGGGACGAGGACGGUGACGGGGGCGGCGACGACGUCCUGUUAUCCUUUGGAAACCUGCUGCUAGAGAUCCGUAUUCCCACGACUGUCCCAUCAUUCUCCUGCGAUAGCCUCUCGAUAUCCAAUAAAGACGACCAGACGACCAGACGACCAAACGAACUUCUAUCCCGACUCUUGCCACAGCUCUGCUCAUCCGCAGAUUCUUCAAUUCAGUUUAUCGCCAUCGCGGCCCAAAUGGGAGGGUUUUCCUGGGUCUAUUUCCAGUCCUUCACCGGCCUCGACGAUGAAGAGUAUGCUACCGUCAAGGAAAAGAUGAAGGUGCUAUACAACCUUUACGUAGCACCAUACGAGGAUCGCCACUUCAAUAGCAAGAAAGUCGGCGUGCCGUUGAAGCAAGAGUUUACGCAGAAGACGCUCAGCUGCAUCCAAGAAGCUCGAGGAGCCGGAGAUCUCACGAAAGAAGAGAUCCAGACUUUGACUAGGCAUAUCGGCAUGUAUGCUAGUAAGAUGAAGGCGGCACAUAAGGUCCAAGCGGUAUCCAAGGUCCAGGAUCAAAAGUGGUCCGUUCUUAAGGAAAUGAAAGGACAAGAGAUGAGAGCUAAAGAGGCAGGUCUCGAGACAGAUCUCGAGACAGAGGGAGAGGGGGUGGAGGAGGAAGAGACAGAGCCCGACACAGAGCCCGAUACAGAACCCGAUACAGAGCUCGAGAAAAUGAUCACCUCGCCCGUUCGACGGCCAACGGAAGUGACAAGACAAGCCAACAAAAAGCACAAGACUCGCAAGAGGGUGGUGGUAGAACAAGCCGACAAAAAGCACAAGACACACAAGAGGGUGGUGGUAGAGCGAGCCAACAAAAAACAGAAGAUGGUCGGUAAUAAAAAUACAGGUACAGAUCCAAGUGACUUGAUGCCCUCGUCUCCACGAUGGACAAACUCGGAGACGACAAUAGAUAUCAACGAGGAAUUCAUGAUCCAGUCUCCAAAUACAAUCCAACGUCGGUACUCGCGGCUUGGGCGAGACACGACGCCUAUCGAAAUCCCUUUCUCGAAGGUACCCUCCUUUACCGAUACCGAACUAUCGAGUCCAGCUCAGUAUACACCGAGUCUUCGACCGCGAACAACUAUUGAGCCUCCUGCGGUUCUUUUAUCAAACGAAACCCCUUCUACUAGCGCCCAAGCCACAAUUCUUUCUUCACAGCAGCUUGUUCAUGCUCAUCCGCCGCUUUUGUAUAAAGCAGCAUCUUUUGCCAGUACCAAAGCAUCAGGUCUUUUGUCGCAGCAGCCUGUUCACACUAAUGCGGCUCUUUUGCAUCACCGAGCAGCACCUUCUGCCAGGACCCAAGCAGCAAGUGUUUCUUCGCAACAGCUUCUUCAUACUGAUACGGCUCGUUUGCAUCAGGCUGCAGCUUCUACCAAGACCCAAGCAGCAAGCAUUCCUUCGCAACAGCAUGUUUCCGAUGACACGACUAUGAUGCAUAAAACGGUACUUUCUACCCGGAUCCAAGCAGCAAGUGUUCCUUCGCAACAGCAUGGUUCCGAUGAUAUAACUAUGAUGCAUAAGACGGCACCUUCUGCCACCACUCAAGCAACAAAUCCUCAUCGACAGGAUCCGGUUCCUCUUCUGCAAACCUCUUUCCCUACUCGCACAACACAUUCCCGAGGCUCAUCUAUUUUAGAUGUCGGCCGUCGUAAAACAGCUCUUUCAACGAAUACUGUUUUGCGAAACAAAAUGCCGGCCAAAUCUCUAUUCACCAACACGUCGGAUCCCAAGGUACAGGCUAAGGAUACUUCGGUCCAAGACAUUCAUGCGGCUGCUUCAGAGAAGCCCAUAUCUGGGGCCGCAUUCGAUCCGAAAACUUCUCUACUUGCCGGGGGCCUGCGGAGGAGCCAUCAAGGAUCCUCCAUCGACGAGACUACGGCAUCCAACAAGUCAACAUCUGUCAAGUCAUCUCAGUUUUUCAUGUCAAUCCCGUCAAGAACCCCGAUUAAAGUAUCCGAUAAAAAGGAUAUCAGCGAGUCGGACGCUGGAAGCGCAAAGACCUUAAGGAAGCCAGAGAGCCAGAGAGCCAGAAAGCCAGAGAGCCAGAGAGCCAGAGAGCCAGAGAGCCAGAGAGCCAGAGAGCCAGAGAGCCAGAGAGCCAGAGAGCCAGAGGGCUUGAACAUCAAAAAGAAUAUUCGAGAUUGGCGAAAAAACUCUGCGCCAGCCCUCAUAGCUGCACCAACUGUCGCUGAAAAUUAA